CGGCGAGUCAUGGUGCUGGUGUGGGGGUCGCGGUGUCUCUCACUCCCUCUCCGGCCCUGUUACCGCGGGCUGAGCGGCCUGUGCCUCCCCCUGGCCCCGCGCCGCUCCCUGCUCCGGCUCCGGGGGCCGCACACGCCCGCCUUCCUGCAGGGCCUGAUAACCAAUGACGCAGCGCGGCUGAACGAAGGCGCCAUGUACGCUCACCUGCUCAACGUGCAGGGGCGGAGCAUGUAUGACGUCAUCCUAUACAGGCUCUCUACUGAAAAUGAUGACCCUAGUGAUAUCCUUCUGGAGUGUGAUAUCUCUGCAGUGGAACCAAUUCAGUCACAUCUAAAGGUGUAUAACUUUAGGAAGAAGGUGGACGUCCAGCCAUGUCCUGAGCUAUCUGUGUGGGCUGUGAUCUCAAGUCAGACAAAUCUGGAACCUCCGAAUAAAAAGCUUCCUGCACCUGCUGUACUCUGCACUCCUGAUCCCAGAGUUGCCGUCAUGGGUUGGAGAUUGGUGGCGCAGACCGGAGCGAAUGUCAAAGAUCUCCUGCCUAACUGUCAAAUGGGAUGUUUUCAUGAUUAUUGCAAGCACAGAUAUGAGCAGGGUGUCCCGGAAGGCGUGCAUGAUAUUCCCCCAGGAGUGGCCUUACCGUUGGAAUCCAACGUGGUCUACUUGAACGGCAUCAGUUUCUCCAAAGGCUGCUACGUUGGCCAAGAAUUAACUGCAAGAACUCAUCACACCGGAGUUAUCCGGAAACGCCUAGUUCCUGUGCGCCUGCCAUCUCCCUUAACACCUGGUACCCAAGGACUGGAAAUAAUAACUGCGUCAGGAAAGGCAGCAGGCAAAUACAGAGCUGGAUUGGGGGACCUAGGUUUAGCUUUACUUAGACUAGCACAUGUCAAUGAAGAACUCCACAUGAAAGUGGACAACCAAGGACUGGUUAAUGUGAAAGCCUCCAUACCAGAAUGGUGGCCAAAACCCACUGAAUAAUUUUGAACGUAUCAGUC